AUGGUAGAUUUGAACCCUUCAUUAGAUGUUGGCCCUGAUUGUUAUUCUUUUGUCGGGUCUUGUAGUGGUUUAAUUUGCUUAGAGAAAUCUUUUGAACGUGGACCUUCUUAUAUCUGUAAUCCAAUCAUGAGAGAAUAUAUUACCCUUCCACGUUUUGAAGGAUAUUACAAGAGUGGAUUUGGUUACAGCCAUUCAACCAAGGAGUACAAGGUUGUUAGAAUCUGUCUUCACCCGGACAAACCAAAUUUUUCAAUUUUUCAAGUAUACACUCUUGGCAGCAGCAAUGGAUGGAGAAAUUUGGGAGAGAUGGAGUGGAAAGGUAUGGAUCUUCAUGGACGUGAGGUGGGUGUGUUUGCAAAUGAAGCUCUUCAUUGGGUGAACCAGGACAAAAAUAACAUUCUUGCUUUCCAUUUGGCUGAUGAGAAGUUUAGUGAGCUUCCACUACCACCUCCUAUGCGAAACUGUUAUGCUAUGCUUGGGGUUUUAGGUGAUUUUCUAAGUGUUACUUAUAGUGAUAAUCGUGGUGGUGAAAUAUGGUUAAUGGAGAAGAACAAAAACUUGAGCUGUUGGAGUAAAGAGAUUAGGUUUGAUUCUUCGGGCAAUGGAAUAUUAUGGCCAUUUGGGUAUACGAGGAGUCGUAGGUUUCUGCUAAAUGGGGGUAGCUGUCGGAGCAAAAUUUAUGUUUUCAAGUCAGAAGCUUCAUCAACGAAUAUCGAUUUUGGCAAGUAA